CCGCGCAGGUCGGUUUGCUCCGGUGUGUCCUGCUGCGUCGCGUGUGUCCAGCGCAGUCCUCGGCCCCUGACCGGCCCGCGCGCCCCGCGAGUCAUGGCGACCAAGGCCGUGUGCGUGCUGAAGGGCGACGGCCCGGUGCAGGGCACCAUCCACUUCGAGCAGCAGGCAAACGGGCCAGUUGUGGUAAAGGGACGCAUUACAGGAUUGGUUGAAGGCCAGCACGGAUUCCAUGUCCAUCAGUUUGGCGAUAACACACAAGGCUGUACCAGUGCAGGCCCUCACUUUAACCCUCUAUCCAAAAAACACGGUGGGCCAAAGGAUGAAGAGAGGCACGUUGGAGACCUGGGCAAUGUGACUGCUGGCGCAGAUGGUGUGGCCCAUGUAUCCAUUGAGGAUUCUCUGAUCUCACUGUCCGGGGUGAAUUCCAUCAUUGGCCGCACGAUGGUGGUCCACGAGAAACCAGAUGACCUGGGCAAAGGUGGAAAUGAAGAAAGUACGAAGACAGGCAAUGCUGGAAGUCGUCUGGCAUGUGGCGUAAUUGGGAUUGCCCAGUGAACAUUCCCUGCUGUGUGGUCUGAGUCCUAGUAACUCAUGUCAUCCUGCUAGCUGUAGAAAUUCAACUUGAAAAGCAUUAAACGCUGUAAUCUUUAAAGUGUAAUUUGUGUGACUUUUUCUUAGUUGCUUAAAGUACUUCUGUAAUGACAACUGAUUUAUGUUCCCUUGGAAGAUUUGUAUGGUUUUAUAAAACUCGAUUAAAAUGUGUUUCAAUUUCUGUAUGUUGCCAGACUUGAUCAUAUGUAGAUAUUAAGUUUACCAUCUGAUAUUCAAUGCUUGCUCAAGCCUGUGAAUAAAUACCCUAUGUGGCACUUUGAGCCUUUAAAAGUUGAGAAUAGGUGUUAAUUACUUGAUAUCCCACAGUAUCUACACCAAAACUGUCAAUGAGCUUUCACACUCACAUAACUUGAACCAUUUCUUAACGGUAUUUUCAAAGUGUCUUUAAGUUAAGCCAUCAAAAUGCAUAUACAUUUAGCAGCUUGUCUAUUAGCUAUGGCAACCUAAACUUUGAUCUUGGACAAAUAGGUUGUCCUCUGUCACCUUCAGGGAAACUUGAUUCAUAAAAUAUUUAUUAUAAAAGAAGAUGGUACAGUUUAAGCACUUUUGGGUAACUUACAAACUUGUAAAAGUCAUGCUUUGUUAGCUAAGAGUAAUUUAUCUGCUUGCUGCAGUUUUUCAAGGUGGAUUUUGAUAUACUCUGGAAGAGAAAAAUCAGGAUGUUUCAUUGUGGGUCUGGCCAUUGAAAUAUAAGAAGUUAUACACCCAAUUAGUGAAACUGUAUAUACAUUCAGACAAGAAUACUUUUAAAUUAAAUAUGAAUCUAAUUCA